CAACACAAAUUUACAUAACCCAUCCGCAUCUGCCCAUCUCUCUCCCUCCCGUCUCCUCUCUCUCUCCCCUCUAAAUACAGUUUUCCAUUUAUUUUUUCUUUUUAAUUCCUAACUAAAUCGAAAUUUUUUUCCUCUAAAAAAUUAAAGGGAAAAAAAGAAAAAAAAUUCGUAAAACCAACACAAACUCUGCCCUUAAUCUCACUCAAAAAUUUGAAAAAACCCAAAUCUUUCAUGGCCUUUCAUGUUGCCUGUCCAAUUACAUGGUAAGUACCUCCCGCCCCUUUUAAUUUUCACUCUUUUGAACUUCUCUGUCUCUCUCUCGAGCCAGGGGGAUGGCCGGGUUUCUGUCUUUGGCUUGUUCUUGUUUCGUCUUCUCUGAUGGGUUUUGAUGUGACAUUAUCUGGGUGCAAAUCUUUGUGGGUUUUCGAUGGGGUGGGGGGGUUUCUGAUUUUCUUACGGUGGGUUUUCUGUUUGUUGUAGUCGGAGAAUUUGCUAUUGCGAGCUAGGGUUUUCUCGGGGCCUGCAAAGUGGCAAAGGCAAAGAUGAAUUCUUGUCCCAAGUUUUCCGAAUUGAGGAGUUUGUAAAGGAUCCGUGGUUGCUCAAGGCCGAGGCCAAUGCUACCGUUCAGGUUAAAGUACCGAAGGUGGCGGUGGUUGCUCCUCCGCCUCUUCCCCCGCCGCCAGUUGUGGUUCAAAGAGCGGCUGCGGCUGUGAUUCCGGCCAGGGUUGCUGCUGGAGGUGGUGGGAUUAGUGAUGCGGAUGAAGCCGCAUUGGUUGCUUCUGCGCAGACUAAACGAGCGGCCUUGCAGAAGAAGGCUGCCGCUGCUUCUUUGGAGGCUGAGGACCGUGCCCGGAGGUUUGAGUCUGGAGAGAUGGUGGGUCCUUUGAAAGAUGACACUCAUUCCCAAGAAGAGCAGGGUUUGUCCACUGUCAAAGUAAUGUGUCGCAUAUGUUGGGGUGGGGAAAGUGAAGCAAGCGAAAGAGCUAGGAAAAUGUUGCCCUGCAAAAGCUGCGGCAAAAAGUAUCAUAGGAGCUGUUUGAAAGCUUGGUCGCAGAACAGAGAUCUUUUUCAUUGGAGCUCAUGGACUUGCCCCUCUUGCCGAAUGUGCGAGGUCUGCCGUAGGACUGGGGAUCCAAAUAAAUUUAUGUUCUGCAAAAGAUGUGAUGGUGCAAUGCAUUGCUACUGUCUUCAGCCGCCACACAAGAAUGUGAGUACUGGACCUUACCUAUGCCCCAAGCAUACAAGGUGUCACAGUUGUGAUUCUUCUGUUCCUGGUAACGGCUUAAGUGUGAGGUGGUUCCUUGGUUACACGUGUUGUGAUGCUUGUGGAAGAUUGUUUGUCAAAGGAAAUUAUUGCCCUGUUUGUUUAAAGGUCUAUAGAGAUUCUGAAGCCACACCUAUGGUUUGCUGCGAUGUCUGCCAGCGCUGGGUGCACUGUCAUUGUGACGGCAUCAGUGAUUCAAAAUAUAUGCAGUUCCAAGUUGAUGGAAACCUUCAGUAUGUAUGUCCUACAUGCCGCGGAGAGUGCCAUCAGAUUCGGAGCGUUGAGGAGGCCGUUAGUGAGCUCUGGAAAAGGAGAAAUGAAGCUGACAGGGAUCUAAUAAUCAAUUUGAGGGCUGCUGCUGGAUUGCCCAUUGAGGAUGAGAGUUUUAACAUAUCACCUUUUUCUGAUGAUGAAGAAAACACGCAUGCUGUGCUGAAGAAUGAGCAUGGCCGCUCAUUGAAGUUUUCCCUUAAAGGAUUAGCUGAUAAUUCUCCUAAAAAGAACAAGGAGUACUUGAAGAAAUAUUCAAAUAAGAAGCCUAAUAGAAACAAGGGGCAUAUGGUGUCUUUGGAGGGUGGUGCUGAGCCAAAUCGACAUCUUGAAAGAGAAGGUAAUGCUGCAGCUUUUAGAUUCAAUGUUGUCGAUGAUGACAACGAACAAAAGCAGUCUUUUAGGAGUGGAGAAUCGGAUAGCUAUGUUUCUCCCAAAGCUAGAAGCUUGACUGAGGGAAUGUGCUGGGUCAACCAGGAUGGAGUUUCGAAGCAUAAAUUUAUAGGUGAUGAUCAAGCAAUCCUGAACAGCCGAGCACCUAAAAAGGUCAAAAUUAAGAGCAACCGAAGCCAGGGUGGAGAUGAUUCAGAACACCAAACAAGCUUGUCUAGGUCCACCAAGGGAACAAAGCUUGUUAUACAUUUAGGUUCGCGCAAUAGGAAUCCGACUAGUUCCCCUAGGUCGGAUGGUUCAAGCUACCAGAAGGACGCAGAUAUAACCACUUCGAAUGGCAGUGAAGAUGGCCACCCUUUGAAGCAUGGGUCUGUGGACAGGCAGGACCAUGUAGCUAAUGUUGGAGAUGGAAAAGAUCAAAGGAAAGGCUCAAAGCUCCGGGGAAAAGAAGGCAAUCUAGUAAAGAUAAAGAAAUCAAGUUCCCUAGUCACUGACGUGCCCUCAAGAUUUGGUGGAUCAAAACUAUCAGAUGGGUUAGCAUCUGUUUCUGUGCCAUAUACUCGUGCUUCAGCCGGGAAAAGGGCUGCUGAGAGUGCCUCAACUGGAAUGAGGAGUGAUGCGGAAGUUCUGUCUAGCAGAGGCAACAAGUCAUCAAUGACUGCUUCGGAUGAUAUUAGUGGCAAACCAGCAAUGAGUAUUCAAAGGGAAUCCAAGCCUCUCUUGAAACUUAAAAUUAAGAAUCCUGUAUCUGAAAACCAAAUUUCAUCAGGUCUUCAUCAGGAGGAGGAGAGGAGCAUUAAGCGCCAACGAUCAAAAAGAAAGAGGCCUUCACCUUCUAGUGAAAAGGUGCCAACAAAGAACGGGGACAAUGUGUCAAGUGUAUAUGAGGCCAGGGCUAUGGAUGAUGAGAUCUUGGAUGCUAACUGGAUUUUGCAAAAAUUGGGUAGAGAUGCCAUUGGAAAGCGAGUGGAAGUUCAUCAGCCGUCAGAUAACUCUUGGCAUAAAGGAACUGUGAUUGAAGUGUUCGAGGGCCCACCAUCUGUCUCUGUUUCCCUUGACAGUGGGAAGGCAAAGAAUUUGGAACUUGGAAAGCAGGGGAUUCGCUUCAUCUCUCAGAAGCAAAAGCGUCGAUGACUGGAUAUAUGUAGUCGAGUGAAUGUUUUAGGGGAAGGUGUCCUUGUUAUAUAGUGCAAAGGGGGUAACUAAGCAUUGAAGAUACAACGAUUGGAAGGUAGCCGUAGGAUUUUGGCACAUUGACGUGACAGAAGCAGUUUAGGGCUGCCAUCAUGAAGCUAUGGCAAAUUUGAGCGCUUUUUAAAUUUCGCCUGAAUUUGCAUUGCUUCCUCCAUGUAUCUUGCUCCUCCAUAGCUAGAGUGUAUUCUCGAGUAACCAGGCCAACCACAAAAUGCCCUCCCUUGUAGUAAAGAGGGAGGACUCUACUAAGGUCAAAUCUUUAGUGUAGUUUUUUUUUUUUUGGUAAUUGAAUGCAUGAUGUACAGGAAUAAUAUUCCGCCCCCCCCCC